AUGUCUGCAUCGCUGGCUGCGGAACGCGCAGCCAUCGAGGACCGCGGCCCCGCUGUCUUCGCUGUAACCACCGCCACUCUCGUCCUUGCCACCGUCUUCGUUGUUGCUAGGCUCGUCUGCCGUCGCUUCAUCGUAAAAAAUAUCAGCUGGGAUGAUCGCAUCAUUCUUCUCGCUUGGCUUAUUGCUUUCGGCCUUUCCUUCACCAUCAACUUUGGCGCGCGCAAGGGACUUGGGCUCCUCCGACUUGCCUCAUGGGUCACGUUGGCCAUCGUUAACAUCGCCGGCACCGUCUUGACCUUUAUGAACAUUUUUCAGUGUCAGCCCAUCAGCUCCGCGUGGUCCACCUGGGAGGACGGCAGCAAGUGCAUUCCUCUGCUGACCGAGUUUAUCUGCGCCUCGCCUGUCAAUAUUGUGACCGAUCUCGCCAUAUUGGCCCUUCCCAUCCCUGUCUUGACAGGCAUGAACCUGCCCCCGCGGCAAAAGACCAUUCUAGUACUCACGUUCGGGCUGGGUGUCUUCGUCACCAUUGUCGACGUGGUGCGCAUCUACUACCUGCAACAGGCCAUCUGGUCCGCGCCGACCUCGCUCUCCGACGACCCCAACUCCAAAUUUGGCCAAGAGGAGUUUGCCUUCAAUGCAUCCUUGUCCCUGAUGUGGAGUGCGGUUGAGGUCAAUGUUGGUAUGACCUGCGCGUGCAUUCCCACCCUAAAGCCCUUGAUCAGCAAGAUUCUACCUUCCAUGAUCAUGGGCCCGGAUGGCGGCUCUUCGAACCCGUCGGCCACGACUGAUGGUAAAGAGAGGAAUUCCAUCAUGUUGCCCAACGGACGUAACUCGGCCCUCAUGGCGGUGAACCCCCACGCCUGGGAUUCGCCCGGGCCGAGGGCCAGGGGCUCUAUUGCCGGGGAUCAAUACCGGCGAUCUGGGUUUCUGGACGUCGGACCUCCCCACCUCGCCUUUGAGUCGCGGCCGUCCGCCGAGGAGCGGCGAAGACGCUCGACCCUACAGGGACUCGCGAACACGAAUUCCUACUCUUCUCGUCAAGAAAGCGCCGUAUACUUUGGGUUUGUGAACAUGAAGAAGCCCAAAAGUAUGUUGCGGUGCUCGGUAGCGGAGUCGUGGAAGUACUGCACGGCCGUGACUGUGUUAUUUUUGCUAUGGGGCAUGUCGUAUGGGUUCCUCAGCGCGCUGAACAACGCGGUGCUGAUAACGAUUGGAAUGUCAACGGUUGAGUCGCUGGCGUUGACCAGCAUUUACUUUGGCGGCGGCUAUUUCUUCGGUCCGCUGCUGGUGGGGGAGUGGAUCCUGCGGCGGGACGAACACCACCGCACACCGAGCAAGAGGGCCAAGGGGAAGGAGGGGAUUGGCGGGUUCAAGGUGACCUUUAUAGUUGGGCUCUGCUUUUACGGUGUGGGAACUAUUGUGUUUUGGCCCUCGGCGGUGACGCAGUCAUUUGGCGGUCUAAUGCUCAGCCACUUUGUCGUCGGCUUUGGCUUAUCCAUCUUAGAGACGGGCGCGAACGCUUUUCUGGUCCUCUGCGGGCCGCCGCAAUACGCGGACCUUCGCCUCAUGUUAGCGCAAGGGGUUCAGGCCAUCGGCAGCGUCAUUGCUACGGUGCUGGCGACCAAGGUUUUCUUCGCGGGGCUGGAGCCGGACACGAACUGGAACUCGAUGACGCUCAUCAACGUGCAGUGGACGUAUCUGGCCAUCACGCUCGCGUGCGUUAUCCUUGCUCUAUUCUUUUACUACAUGCCACUGCCGGAAGUGUGCGAUAGCGAGCUCGACGCCGCCUCGAAGCGGCUGCCGGUCGACCCGCAAAAGCGGAGCAUUGGCGGCUUCCAGCUCCGCACGUGGUCCCUCGUCCUCGCCGUUGUUGGGUUGUGGACGUACAUGGCGGCGCAGGAGGGAGCCAGUAGCUUCUUCCGGCAGCUGUUGGUGUCGGCGCUUCCGACAAGCGACCGGCAGGCGGCCGAGACCUCACUGGACGACGAGCGCAGCUUCUCCAACAACAAGCUUCCCGGCCUUGUCAUGUCGAUCCCCGACUACCUCCUGAUCGCGCAGUCUGGGUUCACGGUGUCGCGCUUCAUCCUAGCCGCAAUUUUGUACAAGGGUUUGUCGAACCAGAGGCUGCCGCGACCGCGCACGCUCCUAGCGAUUUGCGUCUCGUUGGAGACGGACGAAGCGGGCGGCGGCGUUCAUCACCAUGGGUGCUUCGGGGCCGACUUUUUCCCGUUUGUCAUGUACGCCAUCAUCAAGCGGACGGAUUCGGUGCAGCUCGCGUAUGUGGUUGUGGCCGUCCUGCAGUUCGUGACCGGGGUGUACCCCCUUUUCCUGAUGGUAGUCCGGGAUGCUCGAGCGCUAGUAGAUCCUAUCGUUGGGGAUGAGCAGAGUGGUGCGAUGGGGACUGGCGGCGGCGACAACGACGACCUUACUCUUGAGGAGCAGCUCCGGGAGCGACAGCGACAACGGCGACGAGAAAGCCGACAAAGCGUGACGUGGGCGGCGGCGGAAAAGGUGGUCGACUACCUACGAGCGCUGCCUGAUGGACGUGCCCGUAAAGAUUCGGUGUCGCUCGGGGUUGAUGAGACGGCCGCGGCCUCGGCCUCGGAAAAGGCUCCGACGAGCACCGACAAGGACAAGAAAUAG